AUGCGUGUUGUUGGCUUAAGUGAAAGCGCGUAUGACGGCGGUCGGUCGGUGUUCGCAGACGACUUGAUCGCGAGCAAGGAGCUGUUAUCGGACAUGGGCGACGAGCUGGACGAGGCGUUCCUGGAGUUAGGGCUGCCUGUGGGACGAGCUCGUGGCCGAGAAGGAGAAGUACAAGGACAUUGGAGACGACCUAGACACCGCCUUCGUGGAGCUGAUCCUCAAGGAAUAGGCCAAGCGUGCCUGGUGCGCUCGCUGACAAUGGCAACUGACCGCCGCUGCUAUGUAUAG